AGAUCACAACAUAUACGCAUAAAGAUGACAACAAUAAAUGGCUCAUAAAGCCAUACAAUAGAGACUCAUUUGCUGAAGUAAAAUAUGUUAUGAACGGAGAUCUUAUAAGACUCGAGCACGUCGCCACGAAGAGAAAUUUACACUCGCACGGUGAGCAGGCGCCCCUGACGAAACGACAUCUACAAGUCACCGGUUAUGGCGAGGAGGGACAAGGAGAUGCUAAUGAUAUUUGGCGAGUUCAUUUGGUUGAUCAAAAACUAAAUGCGAGUAUUAAAACCGUUACAACACAGUUUUUGUUAAUACAUUACCUACAAAACUGCGCACUGACUGCGAGCGGAAGGCAACUACCCAAAUGGGGAUUUGAGCAGCAGGAAGUUUCCUGCAACCUCAACAUAAGGGAUCAGAAUGCUUAUUGGAAUGUCGAAGAUAACCUUAACAAAAAAUUACCGAGUAUCAAUUUAAAUAUGUAUGCACCGGGGUUUAUUUCUCGUUUAAUGGAAUCUCACGCAGUCAUGUUUCAAGGAAACGCUGGACUUAAACCGAAGGAAGGCGAACUAACUAGCAAGCCUUGGCAAUGGCCAAUUAAUUACCGGGGGCAAUUCUUUUCUGGAAGCUCUUAUCGUAUAUAUCUGUUGGGAAAUCCUAUAAUCUGGUGGAGUAACUUGUUUUUCCUGUUUACCUUUUUGGUUGUUUCUUUGGUAGCAGCUGUAAAGCAACGUCGUUUGGAAGGCCAACAGCUUCACCUGCAAUUACGAAAACAACAGACGUCCAAUCCAAAGGUUUAUAAAACAAGAUUUCCAAAUGACGAGACUGUAGAAAUGCAAAGGACAUAUGUGAAAGCAGCCACUGUGUUUUUUAUGGGAUGGACUACUCACUAUGUUCCAUUCUGGACAAUGGGUCGUGUCCUUUAUUUUCAUCAUUAUUUUCCAGCCGUAAUAUUCAACUCAUUGUUGGCAGAUUCCAGUAUGUCUACUACUAAUGAUUUAUGAUUGCAGUUGUUUCAAAUAAUAACGAAUGUUUUGAAGGAUGACAUCAGAGUGAUUUAUGAAAGGAUUGAAAAUUUUUUGUCCGAAAACCGAAAUGCGACUUAUCAUUUAUCAGAAGACGAGAAACGGCAAAUAUCAGAUUUGGUGUGUAAGAUGAAAACAAGAUGGGAUUUAAGUAAUAGGACUGAAGAAAAAUUAAAAAAAAAAUUACGAUUGGUUAAGUAAGACUGUUAAUUUGGAAAAACUUGAUAAAAAAGAUCUGAAAAAAAAUUUAUCCGCAAGUAGAAAAUAUUGAAAAGGAUUGCAAAGUCGGCCAGAACUGAAUUUUUCGGAAUCAUCAGAACGAACAAAGCGCAGAAAAACCGAAUAUCUACGAGCUACUGUUUCGACUAAAGAACUGUUAUACUCAAAAACAGAUUUUGAAAAAGUGUUGCGAGAUAUCUCGGAAGGAAGUCCAACCAAAGCUAAAAUAUUCAGAAAAUCAUUGGAGUAUGGAAAUUUAAAUUUACCAUUCACGAACGACGAGGCCUUGUCACUUUUUAUUGAACGUGGGUUAUCUCAAGGCAAAUAUCAGCAGUUGCGCAAUGUACAUCUACAAAAAAAAUCAAAAAUGCCGCCAUCCUAUAAAAAUAUACAAAAAGCAAUGCUAUCCGGCUGUAGGUCUUCGUUUCAAUGAAUACGAAGCAUCAGUUACAUUGCAGUCAUUAUUAGAUCACACAACUGAUCGUAUUAUUUUGUAUUAAAUGGAAGUUGUUCAAUGUUUAUCUGAAAAAAUACAAGAAAAUUUUACCUUAAUCGUUAAGUGGGGAUUAGAUGGUAGUUCUGGACACAGUGAAUACAAGCAUAAAGCGGAUGAUGGAAUCGAAGUAAGUGACGAAAAUAUUUUUUUUUCAUCUCCCUCGUCCCCCAACAGCUUGUAUACAGAGACUCUGAAACGAAGGAAAUAACUGUAGUUUGGAAAAAUCCUAGGCCAUUCUCACCAAGAUUUUGUCGUCCUAUUGCAAUUCAAUGUGCAAAAGGGUCCCUGGACUUGG